AUGAACAAAACUCACCCCCAGAGAAAUGGUGAUGUAGCUACUUUUGAUUCAACAAAGUCCUUCUCUGAAGAAAAAGGUCUCUGCCGGCCCCGCAGUGCCUGCACGGGUUGCACAUGGAGACGCGCCUGCAUCUCUGCUGCAGCACUGCUCGUCCUCGUGGCCACCGUGGGCUUGGCGGUGGCACUGGGACUCCUGCUGCGGGCACCAGUGAACCACUUCUGUGCAGCCUCCAAUAACCGGACGGGCUUCUUGUGCGACGACAGAGUGACCUGCAUCCCGGCCAGCCAGGUCUGCAACAGAGUCAGCAACUGCAGGCACGGCGAGGAUGAGCAGGAGGAACUCUGCGGUGACUUGCCCCGCAGCCUCCCGGGACACCUGGUUUUCCACUGCAGUAACCCUGCGCACUGGGUCUAUGCCGAUCAGAGGUGUAAUGGGCUGAACGACUGCGGAGACUGCUCUGACGAGACGGGGAGCUUGGCCGCCUGCCCCCCGUGCGGGUCGGAGUGGUGGAGCUGCAGCCCGGUGCUCCAUGAGUACUGUUCCUGUGUGCCCAGGAGGCUGUGCCGGGACGGCGUCCAGCACUGCCUCGACUGGUCCGAUGAGUAUGUCUGCAGACCGUGA